UAUAAAGGGAUCAGUUGCGAAUAUGGCAUCAAUUUGUGCGGUGGUGGCUCACAUUUUUCUCUGUCUAAACAUCGUCAAAGUUUGCUUAGUGAACUCGUCAGAGCUGACCGGAGAUAUUCCUGCAACAGAACCGUCAUUCCACAGUCCUGCUCGAGACAUGAUGACUGUUAAUAUGUACAGAGUUUAUGAUAAAUACAGCAAGAAGCAUCAUCAUCAUCAUCAUCAUCAUCAACCUCGACAGAACGUCAAUACAAUCCGAAGCUUUAGAGGAGUCCAAGAGCUGUCCCACCACAAAGUUGUUUUCCGCUUCAACCUGACCUCCAUCCCCGAUUCAGAGACGAUACUGACGUCAACUCUACACUUUCUUGACCAGCAAGUUCGUCUGCGGCCUUGGGCCUGCCGUCGUUCCCGCGGAUCCGCGUGCCGUCUCCAGCACCUUCAGUCCCUCGCCGCGACACAUCUCAUCAUUAGAGGAACAUCGCCAAACGCUGCCGUCCCCUCUCAGCUGUGCAACGUCACACUGUCCCCGAACAGAAAGCUGCUUUGGCAGGUGACAGACGUAUCAUCGGCCAUCAAACAAGCCCAUUCGAACGGCGAACUAUCGAUCGCCGUUGAGUUUGACUUCGGUCACCACAGACGUCAUGAUCGCUUGCCUCCUCACAGUCUGCCGUUCAUUCUUGUAUACGCUGACGACGUUACCAUAACUGAACCAAACAGCAUUGCUAUGAGUUUACAGAGAUACAGUCCGUCCACUGUGGUUGAGGAGACCCGGACCAAAGCGCCCACUGCUUCUUUAAACUCUAGAAUCAGAAGGGAACUGGAUCACUUGGAGAAUAACUACCUUCCUGACGUCCAGUACAACGACCUGAAGAGCAGGGAGUUAUGGGACGGCGGCUUCUUUGCGAAAAAGCCCAAACCACUGUCAAAAGGCCAGGGCUAUCACGAGGGAUUGAGAGGGUCGCAGGAGCUCACCUUUGACGAGAAGACCAUGAAAAAGGCGAGACGCAAGCAGUGGAGUGAACCGCGAGUGUGUGCGCGCCGUUACCUGAGGGUGGACUUCGCAGACAUCGGUUGGAGCGAAUGGAUAUUAGCGCCGAAAGCAUUUGAUGCCUACUAUUGUGCAGGAACCUGUGGAUUCCCGAUUCCAAAGGUAAGGGAAUAA